AUGUCAUUAUUGAUGUUUAAUGAUCAAUGUGAAAAUAUCUUAAAAUUAAUAGGUAAUCGGGUUGUCUCAUUACGUCUAACAUUAAUUGAUAUUAUUGAUGGAUGGUCACUCGUUUCAUCUUAUCUUCAGUAUCAUCAGAUAUCAUUACUUCAACAUUUACAUCUGAUUGGCAUUGAACCACAUGAAUUUGAUAAAUUAUUGCGUAAUCACGUAAUAAGACACGUACAUACUUUAUUAGUUGAUGUGACACCAUCUAGUUCGUUUAAAUUUCUUCAAGUUGAAGGAGUUUAUUUAGUUAAGAAUGUUAAUCAAAUAGAAAAUGGUUCAUUAGAAUAUGAAAUAACUUUACCGAAUUUAUUAAAUACAAAACAUCUUCGUACAUUGACUAUUGGUAUACAUACAUCACAUUUUCUCGAGCGUUUACUAUUAUGUAUACCAUUCAUUGAGAAUCUUUCUUUCAGUGUAAAUGAUCGAGAUAGUGAUGAGUAUGAUACACAUGAUACAAUCUUAUUGCCUACUAGUAUUGAUACUCAUCAUCUUCGAUAUCUAUCUCGUCUACGUAUUAAUUGUAUGAAUAGCAUAAGUUUUCAUCGAAUUAUUGCACUUUUAUCAUCUGUCUUCGGUCAACUUUGUCGUUUGUCAUUAAUAUUAGAAGCAUUUACAUCAAUAUCUGAUCCAUUGAUUAUAUCAGGUGACAUUAUUCAACAAUUGUGUAUUGAUCGUCUCCAACCAACGGCAACUUAUAUUCUUAAUCUAUUAUUAUACGUUCUGGAUGACUUUGAAGAAAAAAUAAUUUUCAAUUCAUUUUUUAAAGUUCCAUUUAUUCAUCGACAGUUACCAAGAGUGUUCAUUCAAGAACUUGAUGAUCGAGAUUUCGGUUCU